AUGCCCAUGAUCCUGGGUUACUGGGACAUCCGCGGGCUGGCCCAUGCCAUCCGCCUUCUCCUGGAGUACACAGACACAAACUAUGAGGAGAGACAGUACUCGGUAGGAGAUGCUCCCGACUAUGACAGAAGCCAGUGGCUGAAUGAAAAAUUCAAGCUGGGCCUGGACUUCCCCAAUUUGCCCUACUUAAUCGAUGGGACUCACAAGCUCACCCAGAGCAACGCCAUCCUUCGCUACAUUGCUCGCAAGCACAACAUGUGUGGGGAAACAGAGGAGGAGAUGAUUCGUGUGGACAUUUUGGAGAACCAAGUUAUGGAUGUCCGUUUUGCCAUGGCCAGGAUCUGCUACAGCCCUGACUUUGAGAAACUGAAGCCUGGUUUCUUGAAGGAGAUCCCUGAAAAAAUCAAGCUGUUCUCAGAGUUUCUGGGGAAGAGGCCUUGGUUUGCAGGGGACAAGCUCACCUAUGUGGAUUUCCUGGUUUACGAUGUCCUUGACAUGCACCGCAUAUUUGAGCCCAAGUGCCUGGAUGAAUUCCCAAACCUGAAAGACUUCAUUGCUCGUUUUGAGGGCCUGAAGAAGAUCUCUGCCUACAUGCAGUCCAGCCACUUCCUCCCAGGCCCUCUGUUCCUGAAGCUUGCCGUGUGGGGCAACAAGUAG